AUGCACGGCCUGAAGACUCGUGCCCAUGUGAUUGUCAUCGGGGCCAUGAACAGACCGAACAGCAUCGAUCCAGAACUAAGAAGAUUUGGGAGAUUUGAUCGGGAGAUCGAUAUCGGUGUUCCUGAUGAAGUUGGGAGGCUUGAGAUACUUCGCAUCCAUUUGUAGGAUAUGAAACUUUCCGAAGACGUAAGGAAUUAUUCUCUUCGCUUUAUUUCUCUGUUUGGUCUAUCUGAGCACGUAUAUCGCUCUCGAUGUAGGUCAACCUUGAACGAGUUUCUAGAGAUACUCACGGGUAUGUUGGCGCGGAUCUUGCUGCUCUUUUCACCGAGUCUGCGCUCCAAUGCAUCAGGGAGAAAAUGGAUGUUAUUGACUUGGAAGAUGAAACAAUUGAUGCUGAAAUUCUCAGCUCCAUGGUCGUGACAAAUGAGCACUUCCAGACGGCACUGGGAUCUUCAAACCCAUCUGCAUUACGGGAAACGGUACCCUUUGAAUCAAAGAGUUGCUUCACAGCGUGUUUUGGAAUCGAACUAUUUCUUCCCCUGCUUUGAUAAAAAUGGCGUAUGCAACUUCAUUUAUCGAUAUAAAUGGGUGGAAGAAGAACAAACAGCUAAAUCUGUUUCAUUCUUUCUUUCUUCAGAAAAUCGGAAACGUCUCUCGUAGACAUCUAGAAAACUAAUUCUGAUGCUUGUUGUCCACAGCCGUUCGCAUGUACUGGAGAUAAAAGGAAGAACAUACAGUUUCUGAUAUCCAAACGUGCUUGCUUUUACGAACCGCGACAAAGAUUUCGAUCCGGCUGUGGUCGAUGAGGGUUCUCUCACAUGGUUUAAUCUUAAAUGAGCAGGCUGUGGAGGUGCCCACUGUCUCCUGGGUCGACAUCGGUGGACUGGAGAACGUCAAAAGAGAGCUUCAAGAGGUAAAUCUCAAGCGGAGGUCUGCAAAUCAAUCGAUUUCGAUACAAUACCUACAUAUAUAUAUAUAUGCUUAUGGAAGUUGAGGGCACAUAUUCCUCUGUUGAAAGUUUUCAAUCAGGUCUACAGAUAGUGUACUCGAUUCAUCCUUAGUUCCUUAGAAUGUUGUUAUUUCUGAAGAAUGAGGCUUCAUUAUUCUUCGAAUGUAAACAGCUUUUGAUGGUAUCGUUAAGAGGACAUGAAAUCAAAUCACUCCCGGAUGUGCCCGGAAUCUUUUCAACCCAAUGAUACCCCCACUGACUUGACAAGCGACAUCUGUGCUACUGUAGACCGUGCAGUACCCGGUGGAGCAUCCUAAGAAGUUUGAGAAAUUUGGCUUGUCUCCAUCGAAAGGAGUCCUACGGGCUUCCCGGCUGUGGCAAGACCCUUCUCGCCAAGGCCAUCGCCAAUGAAUGCCUAGCGAACUUCAUCAGCGUCAAAGGACCCGAGCUGCUGACGAUUUGGUUCGGGGAGGGCGAGGCCAACGUCCGGGAGAUCUUCGACAGGGCCCGACAGUCAGCUCCGUGCGUGCUUUUCUGGAUUCGAUUGCGACCAAGGUGCGGAGAACUCCUCCUUCCCAAACUUCCCCUGCUUUAUAUUUAAAGAAUUCGGACCAAUUAUGCGUCACCUUUUGAUGUUUUACGUGAUUCUUGAACUGGAAAUCGAAUUCCUGUAAUGGGUUACGUGUGUUUCAGCGAGGAAGCUCCGCCGGAGACGCUGGCGGCGCCGCCGACAGGGUUCUCAACCAGCUGCUGACAGAAAUGGACGGCAUGUCCGCGGAGAAAACGGUGUUCAUCAUCGGUGCAACGAACCGGCCGGAUAUCAUAGAUCCUGCCUUGUUGAGGCCUGGUCGGCUGGACCAGCUGAUCUACAUUCCGCUGCCGGACGAGGUCUCCAGGCUUCAAAUCUUCAAGGCGUGCUUGCGGAAGUCCCCCGUGUCCAAAGGCGUUGACCUCGCUGUUCUAGCCAGUGACACCAACGGCUUCAGCGAGGCUGACAUCACUGAGAUUUGUCAACGCGCCUGCAAGUACGCCAUCAGGGAGUACAUCGAGAAGGUACCUCUGAAUUCAAUGAGGCCUUUAGAUGUAGAUUAUCUUCUCACUUCUACCUCAUCUCAUGAGGACGACCGAAUCUGA